AUGGCUAAUAGGCGGCGUCUUACUGUGUCUGGUGAUCAUAAACCAGAGGAGAAAACAUGUUGGUCAACUCCCACUGUAUAUCAUGCAGCUAUUGUGAUAUUCUUGGAAUUCUUUGCCUUCGGAUUGUUGACCACUCCGAUGAUCUCGGUGUUAGAUGAAACAUUCCCCAAACACACGUUCCUUAUGAAUGGAAUUAUACAAGGAGUAAAAGGAUUCUUGUCAUUCUUCAGUGCUCCGUUCUUGGGUGCCCUCUCCGAUAUGUUUGGGAGGAAGCCGUUCUUGCUUCUAACAGUCACUUUUACAUGCUCUCCUAUACCAUUGAUGAAAAUUAGUCAUUGGUGGUAUUUCACUAUGGUCAGCAUAUCGGGUAUCUUUGCAGUGACAUUUUCAUUCGCCUUGGCAUAUGUCGCUGAUAUAACGACAGAAGAGGAUAGAAGUUGGGGCUAUGGAUUGGUUUCAGCCACAUUCGCAGCCAGUCUCGUCAGCUCACCUGCAAUCGGUGCAUAUCUAGGUCGAGUAUACAGUGAAGAACUUGUUGUAGCAUUGGCUACAGCUAUUGCAUUUCUAGAUAUUUGUUUUAUUCUUGCCUGUGUACCUGAAUCCCUUCCUGAAAAAGUACGCAUUGGUCAUUUAUGCUCUGUAUCCACUCUGGGUGGUCCAAGCGGUAAAUUCUCUUGGGGUAAAGCAGAUCCUUUCGCAACCCUACGUCAAAUGACCAAUAAUCAUCUUGUCCUAAUGAUAUGCAUUACAACAUUUCUAUCCUAUCUACCAGAAGCUGGACAGUAUUCAUGCUUUUUUGUAUAUUUACGCUUAGUAAUGAGAUUUACUGAAGAAAAUACAGUUAUUUUAUCUUUAUUAUAUCGUGUUAUGCGACCGAAACAUGUGAUUAUAUUCGGUUUAAUCUUUGAAGCAAUUCAGUUAACACUGUAUGGUUUUGCUACAAAUCCCGUAUUAUUAUGGUUAGCUGGUUUAAUUGCUGCUAUGGGUUCAAUCACUUACCCCGCACUGAGUGCAUUCAUAUCAAAUCAUACAGCAGCUGACCAGCAAGGUGUUGGACAGUCUUCUACUAAUGGUACUACAAAUUCAAUAUACGAUUUCUCUGCAAAAGAUAUUGAUGGUAAUGAAGUUUCUCUAGAAAAAUACCGUGGUCAUGUAUGCCUCAUAGUCAACGUUGCUUGCAAGUGA